AUGUCGUCAACCGAUCACGCAAAGCAGCCCGACGAGGUCGACCGGGAGCUGCAGGAUGAGCAGCCGUCGAAGCCCGUGUCGCGGUUCACGCGUGGGUUCCGCAGCCCUUUGUUCAACGUCAUCAUCGUGGGCUUGAUAUCCUUCACCCAGCCCGGCAUCUGGAAUGCGCUCAACAGCACUGGCGCUGGUGGCCAGCAAGAGCCGUACCUGGUCAACGGGUCCAACUCCCUGACCUUCGGCAUCAUGGUCUUCGGUUGCAGUUUCUUCGCCAUCAUGGCCAAUAAGAUCGGCCUCAAGACGGUCCUCAUUAUUGGCACGCUCGGCUACGCACCCUACUCGGCAGCCAUGUACGUCAACAACCGCUACGGCGUCGAAUGGUUCGUCCUCUUUGGUGGAGCGACCUGCGGCAUCGCUGCGUCUGCCCUGUGGGCGGCAGAGGGUGCCAUCGCGCUUGGCUACGCCGACAUCAAGGACCGAGGCAAGUUCACCGGCAUCUGGCUCGGCCUCCGUGAGCUCGGCCAGCUGCUCGGUGCCUCGAUCCAGCUUUCCUUGAACUCCAAGAACGGCCAGCGCGGAAAGGUCGGAUACUCGACCUACCUCGUGUUGAUCGCGCUCCAGUGUCUCGGCCUUCCUCUGGCCCUCCUCAUCUCGCCCCCGCAAAAGGUCAUCCACAGCGACGGCAGAAAGGUGGCUGACCCGACCAAGAAUAAGGCCGUCAUGGGCGAGUUCCGCAAGUGGCUGAAGCUGCUCAAGAAGAAGCAGUUUUACCUCCUGAUCCCUAUCCUCAUCGGCUUCAACUGGAACAGCACCUACCAGGGCAUCUACCUGACAAAGUACUUUUCCGUUCGUGCCCGGACUCUGGGCGGCUUGACAUCCGGCAUCGCGGCUUCGGCAGCCAACAUCUUCUGGGGAUGGUUCUAUGACCUGAAGUGUUUCAGCCGCCCUCAGCUCGCCAAGAUCACAUGGGCCUCCUUUUCCGUCAUUAUGCUCGGGCUGUUUGCCUGGCAGGUCGCCAACGAGAAGCUGUACGAGGACACCGUCCCAAAGAUCACGCUUGACUGGACGACUCCCGGCUUUGGUCGCGGCUUCGCCGUCAACGUCCUUUUCAGAUUCAUGAACGAGUCGCACUACAUGUUUGUGUACUGGCUCAUGGGCACGUUCUUCGACGACCUCGAGACCUUGACCCUGGGCGUCGGUCUCGUACGAUCCUUUGAGUCGAUCGGCUCAUGCUUGGCGUUCGGUAUCGGUGCGGUCAAGACCUCGCCGAUGGUGAACCUGGUUGUCGCGUUUGUCAUGUUUGGGCUGUGCAUCCCCGCAACUUCGUGGGUUGUCUUCCUCGUGCCGGAGCGACCCAUCGACAACACGAAGCUGGACCCGGACAACACCUCGGUGGAGGACAACAAGAUUGCUGACCCGGUUGUUGUGUCCGCUGCCGCAGCAGCUGCGGAUGGUCCGAGGAGUACUUAA